GGGCGGCGCGGUGCACGCUGGGAUCGCUUCUCCAGCCAAUAUGGCGUCUCCGUGACAGCUGUGCUGCCGCUGCUGCUGCGCUGCCGGUGUGUGGAGUAUGGGGGCAUAACCCGGGCACUGUCCUCACAGGCGCCCGCUGGAGGUCUCUAUUUAACCCUUGCCUAGUACGGGUGGGCCGGGAAGCGGUGGCUGCCCCACCCUGUGCUGUGUGUGAUGCUGCGGGUCACCGGGUGUCAGUGACAAACGGGGAAUGAGGGAGCGGCCCGCAGGCUGACGACCAGAAGACAUGGGCUCGGCGGCGGCCGGGGACUCGGCUCAGUGGCUCUCCGUGAAGGAGGAGACCAUCUUUUUACAUGACGGGCUCAUUCGGGUCACUGAUUUGGCCGAACUCCCCAGCGAGAUUGGGGUGACGGAGGCCGGGGACACUGACCUGGAGAUUUUAACAUUUGAGACCAAGAACCCAACUGAACUAGCGGAACGCUUGAGAGCCGUGUGCGGGAACCAGAGCAAUGCCUAUGCACGAUUACUUGAGUAUCGCCUAAAUGCUUUGCGUGGUUUAUGGAACGCACAACGCCAGCUGGCUCUGGAAGAGCAACAUGAACGAGACGGCUCCGAUGAGGAAACCCUUGCAUUGCUCAAGCGGCAAGGCUUGUUACAGCAGCCCGAACAGGCGCCAUUCACUUCGCGGAUGGGACUCUUGUUGGUUUUUCCUCUUAUUCAGUCUCAGAGUAAAACAGACCCCUCUCUUUGUAACAUAACCGCUGAGGUGCUAUUGAAUUGCCUUCGGGACUGUCAGCCAUUGAGUUUGACUAAAGAGCCAGCAGACUGCUUGAAUGGAAUCGAGUCGUUGCUUUGCUCCUGGUUGGAGGACACCUCUGCUUCGGACCAACAAGUCUCUUACAAGCAGAAGGAGAACUCUGCUGCUGCUCUGGUUGCGUUGGCAUGUGCUAGAGGAUCGUUGAAGACCUUCAUUCACACUGUACACUUGCUACAGAAGCAGACUGAUCUAGGAUCCCUGCCAGUGGCAGAUGUAUUGUAUAGGCUGCUGCUUCUGGAAGGAGGACCAGGAUCUCCCUCUUGUUUACUGGGAAGCAAGCACAUUGUUUCCUGGGGUUUUGAGGAUAUGCUUCCAGCUCCUGAUGGGACCAGUGGCUCCAACAAUGAAAACAAAGAUGCAGACUUGGGUCGCUGCCUGGCAUCUGAUGGACUAUACCUAUAUACAACUAACUCAGUGGGGAGAGGCUUGAGUAAACUUGGCUCUGGACUUCAUGGCACUUUACGGGGGUUUGUCUACUGUCGAAAUGAGGAGCUGGAAGCUGGCUGGGUUGCUUAUGGAAGUGGAAAGCUUUUUCAUCGCCCAGCAUCUUUUGACAACAAGCCUCACUUUAUUUUCCAAAUAAUUGAUCAGUACACACUACAGAUCUCUCAGAUAAUCACAAUGCCAGCCAAUCAUUUUCCUGUUGGGAGUAACAUGACGACUGUACACCUAUGUUCUGAUGGCUCUUACUUUUACUGGAUUUGGUCUCCGGCGAGUCUAAACGAAAAGACCCCAAAGGGCCACUCCGUGUUCAUGGACAUCUUUGAACUAAAUGUUGAAAAUGGUGUGUACACAGCAAGGCCCCUUCAUGAGCGCAUCAUACUAAUGAGAAAAGAGGGGGAGUCUGCAAAAAGUAUCAACGAAAUGCUGCUCAGUAGAUUGUCCAGGUAUAGGGCUUCUCCUUCAGCAACCCUGGCUGCCCUUACCGGCUCGACAAUCUCAAACACACUAAAAGAGGACCAGACUGCUGCAAAUACGAGUUGUGGCCUUCCUCUGAAAAUGCUAAGAAAGACUCCAAUGUAUACAUGUGGAACAUACCUGGUACUUAUUGUACCACCUCCUGGAGGCUCAGGAAGCUCAGCAACAAGGUCUCUGUUUGGUGGAGCCAGUGGCUUGUCAUCCCUAAAAAUCCUGGCUUCCAGUCUGGUGUUUAACAUUUCUGAUGGGCAAUUCACCAACCGGGCUGAUCUCAUUGACGCUGCAGGCAGCUCCCUGGGCCGCGGGGCUCUGGUGACCGGACUUGGUGCUUGUUAUGAUACCAUGAAUAAUAUGAUCUGGACUUGCUCCAAUGAUUACUUUGACCAGUGGUGUAAUCCAGGAAACCAGGCUUUCCAUGUGGUGUGUCAGAGACUUGGAGUUACCCACAUCAUUGCUGAUCCCAAAGGAGAGGCCGUAACCACAAAUGAGGUUAUAAACCAAUUACUUCAUCAUGUGGGGGCCAUGUGCAUUCAUCAGCUCAACCUCUUGGCCAACAGCAACAGUUUACCAAUCACAACCUUCCUAGGAAAACAGCAUCCAAUCGAAUCACAUCAUCUGAGCAGUAUAUGUGAUAUCAUGGAGAAAGCUAUGGUUAAUGGAGAUAAAUGUACCAUCCGCUGCAUCCUUGUGGUCUUUCAGGUAGUGUUAAAAUUUUUCCUUAACCCUCAAACUGAGAGGAACAGAGAUACUAUCCGAAGGGCUGGCUUGUUGUUGUGGCAGCUGCUUAUGGCACCAAAGGACCAAAUCUGCCCUGCAAUCCAGAAGGAGGUCUGCCUGGCUAUUAGCUUUGGCUUAAACAUUUUAAACCCAGGAGAGAUGGAAAUCAAUAACUUACUCAAGCUGAUUUUAACAGAAGGUGAUCGGAAUUGUGGGCUUUCCCAACUCCGAGAUGUAAUUUUGACAAAUCUGACUGAACAGCUGCAGAAUAACAGGUUUGGGUGUGAAGAAGAUGAACAUUACAGGCUAAAUGAUGAACUAUUGCACUAUAUUUUGAAGAUUGUUGUCCGUGAAUCUUGUGUUCUGAUCACCAAGUGCCAAACUGUGUCUAAAGAAGAAUUCCAAAGACUCUUAUCAACUGUGCCUGUUGCCUCACCAUGUCUGCGCUAUCUGAUGGCUGUACAAAAUCACCUACUUAGUAAUACUGUCUUAAUCAAACCUGAUGAGAGUGAUGACAGUGACAGCUCCCUGCAAGGGGAGACAUUGAAGGAACUUCAGACUAGCAUUUUGGGCUUAGCAACGCAGAUAUUAACAGGAUGUGAUGAAGUCCUCGAAAUGCUCCAGCGUGUCACAACUGCUCUAAUCAACAGUGAUAUGUCAGACCGGGAUGUUAGAUUAAAGGGUUUAGAGCAGAUUACAAAAUCCACCAUGCUUGGCCAUCUCCUUCCUGUUCUUCUAACAUCUCUCAUGCACCCGAAUCUACAGACUUUAAUAAUGGCAGAUGCUCUAAUGCCCCAGCUUGUCCAGCUUGUCCUAUAUACCAGCCAGACUGCUUUACUUCUUAAAACCCAGUGCACGGCUCUGGCAGAUAUUGGGAACUCUCUAAGUGGAAUUUCAGAACAGAAGAGCAAAUUAUUACCAGACAAUAGGAUGUUGGAAGAGAAGGAGGAGCCAGGCUUCCUGACGGGACUGAAGAUUCCUGCACCGUGGGCUGCUGGAAAGACCGUAGAAACAGCGCACCCUGUUAGAGACAACUACAAGUUUAAGGAGAGUGUUCAUAUACCAGGUGCUCGAUGUCUGUAUCUCCGCUUUGACAGCAGAUGUUCCUCACAAUACGAUUAUGAUAAGCUGGUGAUCUAUGCUGGUCCCAAUACUAACAGUCGGAAAGUUGCAGAGUAUGGUGGAAAUACUCUAGGAUAUGGAAGUAGAAGUGUCCUGGGAACUGGCUGGCCUAAAGAUUUGGUGAAGGUAGAGGGCGACACUGUUACCUUCUCUUUUGAGAUGAGAAGCGGCCGUGAACACAAUACCCCUGAUAAAGCAAUGUGGGGGUUCUCCUGCACUGUCAGAGCUCAGGAGUCUUCAGAAGACGUUUCAGGAGGACUACCAUUUUUAGUUGACCUUGCGUUAGGAUUGUCUGUUCUGGCUUGUUCCAUGCUCCGAAUAUUAUACAGUGGCCCAGAGAUCACAAAAGAAGAACUGACUUGCCAUGAUCUAUUAAGAUCAAAGCUUUUACAGAGGUGUCAAUGGCAAGUGGAAGCAAAUGGGGCAUUAUCCCCGGCACUUACUCCAAGUCCGUCUCCUCUGCCCCUUACCAUAGAAGAAGAUCGAGAGUUUACUUAUCCCUCUGACAUUCUGUUGCCACCAUCAGGAAAUUACUUUGAGCUGCCUAGAAUCAGACUUCCUCCUGGAAUAAUGAUCAAAUUGCGGGAAAUAGCUGGUCGUGCUCGGCCUCAGUUUAGACCAAGUAUAAAGGAGAUAAUCCAGCCAGAUGUAAUGGAAGAAAUGGUAGUCUCCUGUGUCAUUAAGCACUUAAAUUUGGUUGAUGCCCUUCAAUCCUUGAUAAACUAUCAGUAUCGAGAGGAGCACCUCGAGGAGUAUGACUUGCUGUGUAAAAUAAUGGGAGAAACGUUCAAGAAACUGAAUGCAAUGGAAAGACAAUUGCAGAGUGUUGCCGAACUGGAGCAGAAAUGGCACAGUGAAGUGGAGGAUGCAUCCAAGGGAAAACUAGAGAACAAUGCUCCGUUCUUUUAUGACUACCAUUUUAAUGAGAGCAAAGUAAAAGAAUUAGAGCUGUUGUGUUCGAUGAAAGAAAUUCUUUUUGAUGGAAGUGAUCCUGAGAAUAUGGUUUUAUCUCUCAGAGAGAGAUUUUUCCAAGAGGUGAAUUCUAGCACUCACAAAUCCUCACAUGCUAUGGCAAAAACUAAAAUUUUGGUGAGGAGUUUGAUGAAUCGAGCAGAGUUACUGCUUCAUGUUACCAUAGCCGCACAAUCUGGCAUCACUAGAAGUAUAUCUGGCACACCUACCGAGCCUCCAGCCUGCAAAUCUGUAUCUGAGGCCAAGGCGAUAGCCCAUGCAAUGUGCCAGCCAGUUUUCCUGCGAAGCAUGUCUGCACCCUCUGAUCUGGAAAUGAUCGGCAGUAGUGACCUGGAGUUUACUAGAUCAAAUUCAAGGAGAAGGAAUGCAGCGAGUCACAGAAGCAGCUCUUUUACACUUCUGCAGUCUCUGGCUAUUGAAGAUAACAGAGAUAAGCCCACCUACAGUGUCUUGUUAGGUCAACUCUUUGCAUUUAUUGGGACUAAUCCCGAUCAAGCUGUAUCCAGCAGUAGCUUUUUACUUGCUGCUCAGACAAGAUGGCGCCGUGGGAAUACACGUAAACAAGCCCUAGUGCACAUGAGAGAGUUGCUAACAGCUGCGGUUCGUGUCGGAGGAGUAACGCAUCUGGUUGGACCCGUUACAAUGGUGUUGCAAGGAGGACCAAGAAUUGAAGAGCUUACAUGUGGUGGAAUGGUGGAACAAGUUCAAGAAGCCUUUGGGGAGACCAUGACUUCAGUGGUUUCACUGUGUGCCCGUUAUCCUAUUGCCUGUGCAAACAGCAUAGGUCUGUUGUGCACCAUACCUUACACACGGAGUGAAGAAAAGUGCUUGGUACGCAGUGGAUUGGUGCAGCUCAUGGACAGAUUAUGCAGUUUAAGCAACCAAACUGAGUCAAGCUCCAGUGAAAAACAGACCAAGAAGCAGAAAGUGGCAACCAUGGCAUGGGCAGCCUUCCAGGUUCUAGCCAACAGAUGUGUAGAGUGGGAGAAGGAAGAAGGAGGAUCUACAGAGGCUGUACAUUCGGGUUUAGCUCGACAGGUGUCCACUCUCCUCACCAACCAUUUGGCACGAGCCACUGAAUGCUGUGGUAACCAGGCUGCUGGGAAUGAUGCACUUCAGGAUGUUCUCAGCCUUCUUAAUGAUCUGUCUAGGAGUCAAAUAGGAAAAGCAAUAUUGAGCCAGCCCGCUUGUGUCUCCAAGCUUCUCUCUCUGCUGCUGGAUCAGCGCCCAUCUCCAAAACUUGUCCUUAUAAUACUCCAGCUAUGCCGCGCAGCUCUGCCCCUCAUGAGCGUGGAAGAUUGUGGCAAUGUGGAGCUUCCACCGUGGAGCUACUCUGUACCAUCUCUUAACAGCGAGCAGGAAGAUCCAAGUGACCCAGCUUCAAAGAUUGCAUCACUGUUAUUGGCAAAACUGGCUGAUUAUGUGGUACCAGGUUGUCAGACGGUUCUCUCCCCGACUGCCUCUGAACCAGACAGCAGUCUAUCUAAAAGCAGCCCUAAAGGCUCUCAGAAGGGCGAUAAAGAUACUGGGGAGGAGAGUGAAGCUGUGGACGGCAAACUAUCAAUUUUUAUUCACAAACGAGAAGAUCAGUCUUCCCAUGAAGUCCUGCAACCUUUGCUAAGUAGCUCAGAGGGCCGUCCAUUUCGACUUGGCACUGGUGCAAACAUGGAAAAAGUGGUGAAAAUGGAUCGUGAUAUGACAAAGAGUGGCUGCUGUGAAGUGAUCACUGAAGAAUCAGCUGCUGCGCUGCGCAAAGCAACUAAAUGGGCCCAGUCUGGUUUAAUAGUGAGCAUCGGGCCACCAGUGGAAACUGUUAGUCCAGAAACUGCAAGCAGCCUUUCUACUGGAGACAAGAAGAAAACUGCCCAGACAUCUGUCUGUAGAGAGAGAAAUUCUGAUCUUGCCAGAACUGAUCCUGUGCGCCCUUUCAUCAGUGGACAUGUAGCCAACAGCAUGGCUGCUGAGGUCAUUGCCUUACUUCAUAGUUUGCUCAUGGCCCCAGAGUCUAAUGCAGCUCAGAUAUGGACCACAACAGCAGAAAAGGUUUUAUCCCGUGCUCUUAUGCAUAUUCCACAGCUGGGAAAAUAUGCUGAAAGCAUAUUGGAGAAUGGGAGUGGUAGUGGCAGGAAACUGGCCAAACUGCAAAGCAUAGCAAGACAAGCUGUUGCUGCACUCUGUGCCCUAGGAGGGUUUAAGGAGACUAUUAAAAUAGGUUCUGAGGUCCAGGUACUUGGUAAUGGUAUAUCUGGGAGUGUUGGAGUGGUUGUAUCUAUAAAUGAACAAGAAGGUAUAGCUACUGUGAAAUUUCCACCCCUAGACUUUAGAAAAUCUUCCAAAGCCUCUGAUACCCUGACUAUCCCGUUGUUUAGACUCUUUGUCCCGCGCUCAGAGGCAUUGCCUCUUCAUAAACUGUCCAUUACUGAGAAGGUAGUGCAGGCAGUCCAGUCCAUGUUACUCCCCCAGGAAGGAUGCCUGUCUAUUCACACCUCACUUCCUGCAACAGGAGAUGCCUCAACUCCCGUUAUGGCAGUGGUUCGGCUUCUUGCAGAGAUUAGGACAAGAGCUUGUCUGGUCAUGGCUCAGCUGUUAGAGGACAGUUCAUUUUGUGAAGAGUUCAUACAGCAGUGCCCUGCCGCUGUGGAAGUACUUAAUUUAGUAGCCCAGGAAUGUAGUCCCAGUGAACGUUUAUCUGUGGUGGAAGUACAGUGUGAAAGACUGAGGAUGUUGUAUCGGGAUUGUGCUCGACCACCCCCACCACCUCUUCAGACGGAGCGUAGACUGCCUAAAGAGAUCACAUGGUGCCCAUCCCGUGUGUUCCCACCAGUGCGGGCCUGCAUGUUUUCGUCACAUCUGACAGCUGUGACUUUUCUGGCUGACCCGAGUGCAGGAGGAGGUUUACCUCGAGGUACCUUCAUCUAUGCAACUUCACCUGUACCAAUACAAGCUCCAUCUUUUUAUUGGGAGAUUGAAAUUGUAUCUUAUGGAGACAUAGAUGAUGACACUGGUCCGAUUGUCUCAUUUGGAUUUGCAACAGAAGCAGAAAAGCGGGAUGGGGCAUGGACUAACCCUGUGGGUACAUGUCUAUUUCACAACAAUGGGCGAGCUGUACACUACAAUGGUUCGAGUCUUUUGCAGUGGAAGAGCGUGCGGUUAGAUGUAGCUCUGUCCCCUGGGGACGUUGCUGGCAUUGGUUGGGAGAGAACAGAAGGCACACCACCACCCCCAGGACAGCCUGCAAAGGGCAGAGUUUAUUUUACCUACUGUGGCCAAAGGCUCGGACCCUAUUUGGAGGAUGUUUCUGGAGGAAUGUGGCCAGUUGUACACAUUCAGAAAAAGAAUACAAAGAUUCGGGCAAAUUUUGGAUCACAGCAGUUUGCUUUUGCUGAGGGGCAGGCUCAUCGCAAUGCUGCUGAUUUAUGCAUUGACUUGGCUGAAGAAAUCAGUGCAAAUUUUGAAGCAUUACCAUUUGCUAUGGCAUCUGACAGUGACAAUGAUGCGGGAACCAGCAUAGCAUCUGACCCAGGAAAUCAUGGCCCACCUUGCCACAUUGCUGCAGUAGCUACUAUUUUGCAACAGUAUGACAGCGAUGCUUCCUGCAGAUAUAAGGUGGAAUUGAGCUAUGAAAACUUAAUUACAUCUGGUCCUGAUCCACAUCCUCCUCCUAUUGCAGAUGAUGAAAGUGAUGACGACGAUGAUGAUGACAUACCACGGGAGGAUCACUAUGCCUUACUGGUGAAAGCUUGGGAGACCAAGGUAUUUCCAACCAUUCGUAGACGUUUUCGUAAUGAGGCUGAGAGAAAAUCGGGCCUGGACCAGAUUAAGGGAGCUUUGCAGCUUGGAAUGGUGGAUAUAGCAAGGCAAACAGUGGAGUUUUUGUAUGAGGAGAAUGGUGGAAUCCCUAGAGAUUUAUAUCUUCCAACCAUUGAAGACAUCAAGGAUGAAGCAAACAAAUUCACUAUUGACAAAGUUCGUAAAGGGCUUACCGUGGUCAUCAGAUCACCUGACAGCAACAACGUUGCUGGCACCGCUGUGGGAACUGCGCUACCAAAAUUUGCCAUCAGGGGUAUGCUGAAGACCUUCUCCCUGCAUGGAGUGGUUCUGGAUGUGGAUUCGGUAAAUGAAUUGGUGCAAGUAGAGACAUAUCUCCGGAGUGAAGGGGUCUUAGUCAGAUACUGGUAUCCUAUAGACAUGCUGGAGCGUCCACCUGUGGGAUACAGAAGAAUGGCCACCAAUGGUUUAGUGACUUUAGAUAGCACAAACAUCCAAAUUCACAGGGAGUUGCUAAGAUGUGAAUCUGCACUUGCCAGACUUUACUGCCGCAUUGCGUUACUCAAUAUUUUUGCACCAAAGUCUCCACACACCUUUACACGCUUGUUCCAUAUUCCUGCUAUUCGGGACAUCACACUGGAGCAUCUGCAGCUGCUAUCAAAUCAACUUCUAACUCCUCCUCUUCCUGAUGGCACCAUUAGCUCCUGCUCUAUCCUAAUAGCACAGUCCUUGCAACAUUGCAUCCAUUCUCAGAAUUGCACAACCACAGACCUCUUCUACCAGGGAAAUGCUCAAGCAAUUAGAGAAUGGCUUGGGGUGGCCAUCACUAGAGCUCUACAUCAAGGCGAAGAAAGUCUUCUGGACCUUACCAAGCAGAUAUGCUCAUUCCUGCAGAAUGCUCCAGAGCAGUUUCCAUCAGAAGAAUUCACAGUCACGGAAUCCAAAGUCAGUAUGGAUGUUAAUUUUCCCGGAGCAGCAUUUGUUGUGGUAUCUUGUACGGAAAGCCAGUCUGGCUUCCGUAAAGACUCUUCUUUGUAUAAAGCUCCAUGGGCUCGCAUUCUGCUCUAUGGCCUUGGUCAUAAAGUGAAGAGAAAUGGACAACUGAAUUUAAUUGAAUCCGUGUGUUACCCACGAGAUGCCUCUCCCAGCAAUACAGGCCUCACACCACCGCCAACCACUAACCAAUACCCAACGGCAAUCAUACCUACUGACAAGGUCCACGUCAAGCUAGGUGUAUCUCCAGCGCCAGGAGCCGUGGUGUUAAUUCAUUCCCUUCCCCUGGAAUUUCCACUUGCCAUGGCUUUUACUGAGCAGCUCUUAUCAUGGAAGCUUGAAGAUGUGGAUGAGAAAUCAGAAGAUGAACUUGAUACUAUCCCAUCGUCUGUCCUCCUGCAAGUAGUGGAAUUUUUAUGUAAUUUGAUGUGGACAACAGACUUGGCUCCGAUUGUAAAGGAGUUACUGUUCCACUUGCUGGCUGAACUGCUUCGUAAAAUUCACCACCUAGAGCAAAAGAAGAAUCCUGCAGGCUUGUCAUCCUCAAUUGCUCUUCAGCUGAAUCCAUGUCUAGCAAUGCUUAUGGCUCUGCAAACAGAGUUACGUAAGUUGUAUGAUGAUGAGACCCAAAACUGGACUUCCGGAAAUGCAUGUGGAGGCUCGGUGCCUGGGAUUACUGAGCAUGGACGUUUCUCCACCUAUUUUCAUGCUUUAAUGGAGGCUUGCCUGGCUGUGGCUGAAGUUACUCUUCCUAUUAAUAUGAGUGCUGCAGUAAGUGUGAUGACCACAACAACUGCAACAAACCUUAGUGACUCGUCUUCAUCAUCAUCAUCUUCUCCUGGGCAAACUCCGCAAAGUCCAAGCCUGCUUUCAAAGCGGAAGAAAGUUAAGAUCAAACGUGAAAAAACUGCAUCUGCAAAGCACACAUCUUCACGAGGUGCUGAGAAUGACCCUGCUUUGCUUAGUAUGGGUGGAGGUAAGCCAGAAGAUAUGUUGUGGUUUCACAGGGCUCUAACUCUGCUAAUGAUUCUCAGACACCUAACUAAUAAAGAUCCACAAGGCUUGGGUGUUACAAACGAUGCCAUAGCAGAUGCCAGCCAGGCACUUGUUGGACCCACAGCACAUAGCCGCUUGCUUGUAAUUUCUGGAAUUCCAACUCACCUCGAAGAAUCUGUUGUCAGAGGUGCCAUUCGAAAAGCAUGCAAUGCCCAUGGUGGGGUUUUUAAAGAUGAGAUCUAUAUCCCCCUUCAAGAUGCAGAAACAACAAAAACCAAAGAGGGAACUGAAGGAGCUGAAUGCAAAACUGAGGCCGAUAAAACUCCUGGAGUUCCAGUAAAGGACAACAUGGAUAUUAGUAGUUCCAGCAGUGUGACACCUGCGGUUAGUGUCAGCGCUUCUGCUUCCACAAGUCAGGCUUCCUUGUGUAGCUCUCAGGGAGUUUCACAAGCUACCAGUGAAGCGUCCAUGGAGCAGUUUGUGCCAGAGAUUGCCGUACCUCAAGGUCUUUUGGAGCCAAGUGUUGUGUCCAGCCAGGAGAGUCUGGACCUAUCCAUCUGCAGCACAGGAAGUAUGGGCAGCUUGGGAAGUCUAAUCGAACAACUUGAUAAUGUAGAAACCACCUCUUUACCGGAUGUUACAGGUUUACUGGACAACCAGCCUCCAGUGUCCAAGCCCAUCAAAGGUUUUGCAGUUGUGGAGGUGCGCUCUCGGGCGAAAAUUGAAAAAAUUAGAGCUAGUUUGUUUAACAGCAGUGAUCUUAUUGGUUUAUCCAGCCUGGAUGGUGAAGAUGAGCUCAUGGAGAUGUCAACUGAAGAAAUCCUUACAGUCUCUACUGUAAACCAGAGUUUAUUUGAUACACAAGGAAUUCCAGGUUUAGGAGAUUAUUUCACUGAUAAGUCCUUGAAAGGGGAUAAGCUAGUCCCAGACGCCAGAGAUGUUCUCACAGAGAUAUUCAAGAGCUGCAUUCAUGCUGAGCAGAUGUUAAGCCUAACUCCUACUAAGUAUAUCAAAGUGUCAGAUAUUUUCCUCAGCAAGGAGCAAAUCAACUCACAGACUCCAGGAAAUCUGCUCCAUACCUUCUUCACAAAUGUUCGCCCCCCUAAGAAAGUUUUGGAAGAUCAGCUGACACAGAUUCUACGUAAAUAUGGCGUUUCAAAACCAAAGUUUGACAAAAACAAAUAUAGUAAAACUGGAAAGGAGCAGCAUCUGGUAAAAGUUGUGAGCACAAAGAGGCCAGUGGGAAAGCCUUCUACUAAAGACAAAGCUGUCCUAAAUAGUGUUCGAACUGCCCUAAGUGAAAAGAAACCAACUGUGAAACCCAGAUCUCCUGAGAAGAGUCGGCCCGAUGAAAAGGACCCUGAUAAAUCUCCAAUUAAGAAACAAGAAAUUGCAGAGGAGAAAUUUUUAACACUAGAUGGAUUUCAGAAGUUUGUGGUUGACAAAGCAAAGCAAGACAUUAGAAGCAUCUGGAGAGCCAUUUUGUCCUGUGGCUAUGACCUUCACUAUGAAAGGUGUGCUUGCAUCGAUACACGACAUGCUCAGAAAUCCAGUAGGAAAUGGACCCUGGAAAUGGAUGUGGCUGUGGUUCAGUAUAUCAACCGGCUUUGCCGUCACCUUGCAAUAACACCAGCUCGGCUACACCCACAUGAGGUCUAUUUGGAUAUGUCUGAUACAGCUGACCCCAGAGUGUCUUGUCUGCUGAAUGUCCCCAUUGAGAGUCUACGGCUUCGGUUUGCUCUUCUUCAGUCACUGAACACCACUUUAGAAACCUUCUUCCUGCCUCUUGUGGAGUUACGGCAGACAGACAUGUACAUGCACAGUAUUGCUGCUUUACUGCAACAAGCAAAAGGACUGAUCUUCUAUGAUACAAAAGUAACUGUGAUGAAUCGGGUGCUAAAUGCAACUGUGCAGAGAACCGCUGACCAUGCAGCACCUGAGAUCAGCCUUGAUCCCCUGGAAAUUGUAGGAGGUGAAAUUCGGGGCUCCGAGAACUCUUAUUUCUGUCAAGCAGCUCGACAGUUGGCAUGUAUACCUUCCUCCCAGCUCUGUGUCAAACUAGCUAGCGGAGGUGAUCCAACCUAUGCCUUCAAUAUUCGCUUCACUGGGGAAGAGGUGCAUGGAACAAGUGGAUCCUUCCGGCAUUUCCUCUGGCAAGUGUGUAAAGAACUGCAGAGCUCCUCCUUGUCCCUUCUGCUGCUGUGUCCUAGCUCUGCUGUUAAUAAGAAUAAGGGGAAAUACCUUCUUACUCUCAGCCCUAUAACCUAUGCAGAGGAGCAGUUGCUUCAUUUCUUUGGUCAGCUCCUGGGUAUCGCUAUUCGAGCAGACGUGCCCCUUCCUCUUGAUCUCUUGCCUUGCUUUUGGAAAAUGCUCGUAGGAGAACCACUGGAUCCUGAAACUGAUCUUUAUGAAGCAGAUAUUCUAACCCACAACUACAUCAAAAAGUUUGAAAAUGUAAAUGAUGAGGCUGAACUGGAAUCUCUCUGUGCUGAAAUAGCGUCACAGCAUCUUCCUACCGAUAGUCCAGACUCCCCCAACAAACCAAGCUGCAAAUUUACCUAUCCAACAAUGACAGGGGAGGAGGUGGAACUGUGCACAAAUGGAAGACACAUUCCUGUUAUCUGGGAGAACAAGGAUAUAUACGCAUCAGGAAUCCGAAGCCUCCGCAUGCGUGAGCUAAAGAACCCAGACUGUAUGAACGCUGUACGUGCUGGGCUGGGCUCAAUCAUUCCCCUACAGCUUCUAACCAGCCUGACAGCCCUGGAGAUGGAGCUUAGAACAUGUGGACUACCAUUUAUCAAUUUGGAGUUUUUAAAGGCUCACACCAUGUAUCAAGUGGGUCUUAUGGAGACUGACCAGCACAUAGAGUUUUUCUGGUGUGCAUUGGAGAUGUUUACUCAGGAAGAACUUUGUAAGUUCAUUAAAUUUGCCUGCAAUCAGGAGCGCAUUCCCUUCACAUGUCCUUGUAAAGAUGGAGGGCCUGAUACUGCACAUGUUCCACCUUACCCCAUGAAGAUUGCACCACCUGAUGGAGCUACAGGUUCACCAGACUCCAGGUACAUCCGUGUGGAGACCUGCAUGUUCAUGAUAAAGCUCCCACAGUACUCUUCCCUUGAGAUCAUGCAGGAGAAACUGCGGCAUGCCAUUCAUUAUCGAGAAGACCCACUCAGUGGUUGA